GUGGGAUCUCAAGGAGAAAAAGAAGAUUAAGGCGGGAGGGGUAGGAUUAAGAAGCAAGGCGAUAAGUUGAUCCUCGGGAGGCAGACCAGAAGUCUGCAAAAGCUUCAAAAACCCCAUUAAUGAAAAAUCCUUAAUCCUACAAAUCAUCCUUCGCUAUAAGAUAAGACGGAAUCCAAGAAAAAGUACACACAAAGCAAUGCAAUAACAAACAAAUCUCCAUUUUCUUCCACUCCAAACCGUUUUUCCGCACAAUUUCUACUUCAAUUUCCAACAAACCCAACGUAAUCCUUCUUUCUUCUUCCUUCCUUGCAACCCCUUUUGAUCUUUCCUUUCAAUCAUGGCGGAUCUGUAUGGAACAUCCCCUUCUUCGGAUGUUGUUGGUUUGCCUCAUGACCCUGAAAAUUUCUCUUCCUUCAUCAAUCAGCAUCUUCAAACCACCACUUCUUCUGCUUCUUCCCCAUCUUGUGUUUCCUUCAAGAACAAGUUCAUGCCGUUCUUGCAUUCUCAACCUCCUUGGCACUCUUCGUCUCUGUUUUCGCGGCGGCGGGAGGAGUCCACCUCUGUUGCUGGAGUGUCCUGCAUGCUUGAUUUUCCCGAGAGUCGGUUUCAGUUGAGUCGUGUUUUGAAUCACGCUCAGUUGGAUUCUAGAUUUGGCGAUGCUUCGUAUUUGGGUGUGAACUCCACUUGCGCCGCCGUGAAAUUGUCGGAUCCUGGGGAUUUCGUCAAAGAAAGUUCGGAUAAUAACGUGUUUUCUUCCUCCGGCGCUGUCGAUUCUGAUACAAAUGCGCCGUUCAAGAGAAGAGGUCUUUCAUCUGAAAAUGAUCUUGGGGAUUUCAGCUGUGAUAGCGAGGGUGCCGAUGUGCCUGAAGCUCCAUCCAGUACUGAUCUACCUCGAAGUUCAUCGAAGAGAAGUAGAAGCGCCGAGGUCCAUAAUAUGUCGGAGAAGAGACGACGGAGGAGGAUCAAUGAGAAAAUGAAAGCCCUUCAAAAUCUAAUUCCUAAUUCAAACAAGACGGACAAAGCUUCAAUGUUGGAUGAAGCAAUUGAGUAUUUGAAGCAGCUUCAACUUCAAGUUCAGAUGUUAUCGAUGAGAAAUGGCUCGAGUUUGCAACCGAUGUGCUUGCCAGGAAUGCUGCAGCCAAUGCAACUACCUCAGAUGGGGUUGGACUUCGACGUAGGAAAUGCAUUUCUAGCAUCCAGAAGAGGAAUAGACGCGUUGUCUCCCGGCAACGAAGGGUGUCCAAUGCAAUCGACAUUCAAUCUGUCCAAUAAAUGCAACCUUUCAGAUCAGUCACUAGCCAUCCCUUCUGUACCAAACAUCACAACCUCAGAAACCACAUUCGGGUUUGAAUCAGCAAUUCAGGCGUACGAUGGACAGUUCGACCUUUCCUCUAAUUUCAAGGAAGCCCAACCAGCCACGCAGCUAGAUUGCUACGCUCAAACACGGAAGGACUCAGCAAACGCGUCGUAGGAAGCUGCUCACUAGAGUAUGACAUUCUAAUGAAGCAAUUCCUUUACGUUCCUUGCAGAUUUUGAACUAAAAACAUCAUCAUAGAUUCUUACACUCACCAGAAAUCUAGUGUAGAAUAGUUGAACAUAGAUUUAUCCUUUAGACUCUAUAUGUUAAAGAAACGUCAAGUAUUACACAGCCAAACAUAGAAAUGCAAAAAUCUAGCUCUUCUGGUUUAUCUAUCUGAUAAGAAAGGUGAUAUAAAAGCUGCCAAAUGUUUUUGGGGAGAAGCAAAAGUGGUGGUCCUUAUUUUUCCUUGUAAUGCUGUCAAGAACACAAAAACAAAAACUAUGCUGGCUCCUUGCAGGAUAUCCUUCAUAUUAUAUCAUAGUGCCCAUUUAAGUUUGUUCA